AUGACUGCCGCAAGACGAAAACGUUUACUCAAUAAGGUUCAGAAUUAUCCAAAAAGAAGAAAGAAUGGACCUGAUCCGUUCACCAUAUUAAAUGAUGAUGGCGGAACAUGGACUAAUAAUAAAGGCAGUGAAUCUCCAAUCGUCCCAGAUCCUCAUGAAACAAUCAGAAAUGACACCACCACACAACCAGAUAUUAUAGACUCAAUAUCUUCCAACAAGGUCGAAGACAUACUGCGACUCGACCUCGGAACUAAAAAAAGAUUAUCUCGCACUGAGGCCUUCGCUCAGAGAGAUAGUGCCAGAUUAUGUCAAGCGCUUUUGGACAAGGACGCAUUUAUAGACGCCAGGGAAGACGACUCCUGGACACCCCUGAUGCUAGCGGCUCAGAACGGUCAUUAUAAUGCAUGCUGUACCCUAAUCAAGCGCGGAGCCGAUGUCAAUGCAGUUGCAGAGGACUCCCAUACAGCAUUACUACAAGCUGUCGCGACUGAGAAGAUCAAAGUCGUCCAGCUCCUGCUCAACCAUGGGGCUGAUAUAAGAGCACAUUUGAAAAACCACAAUUGCAUUAAAAUGGCAGCCUACCAUUCGAACCCAGACCUCCUUCGAUUAUUGAUUCAGCAAGAUCAUGGUAGUGUGAAUACCCCUAGUGACCGACAAUGGACUCCACUUCACUUCACCGCUCAGUUCGAUAAAGAGCAUACCCUAGAAACGGCACAGAUACUCAUAGACGCUGGUGCCAAUGUUAAUUCUCAUACUAACCUGGGAGUUACGCCUCUUUUCCUGGCUGUUCAAUCAAAUCGGCUCGACUUGGUUAAACUCCUUAUCAACAAAGGCGCUGAGAUUAACGUGUGCACCGAACAAGAUAUUACCCCGCUGGAAAGAGCAAUAGACAAUUCUAACAUUUCUAUUAUUGAUUUCCUCAUCGACCAAGGAGCCUGGACAGAUCACGUGGAUAGAAGAGGUUUCAAUAUCAUUCAUAUUGGAGCGAUGCAAGGGGAUGUGGCUGUUCUAGAAAGAAUUCUCAAGACAGGUGCCAAUAUAAAGGCAUCUUCGACUGACGGGAAGAAACUUCGGCCGAUACAUGUCGCCAUCAACAACAACAAUAAAGAGAUCGCGUUGACUCUAUUAGAACAUGAAGCACAGCCGUGA